GUGUUCUGCCCGCACUCCAGGGGGCGGUGUCGCGCACAGUCCGCUCGGGAGGCCUCGGCGCUCAGGUGUGGUGAGAGCCGGCGCGGUGAGGGCCGGCGCGGAGCACGGAGCGAGGGCGUCUGAGGAAAGUUCCCUGCUGGCUGUCGACAACGUGCAGCGUCCCCGCGGCUGUGGACGCCGACAACACGCUUUUGUCGCGCCUAUCGUAUCUUGGUGCAUAAACGCACCUCACCCCGGCCGACCCUUGCUCCGCCUUGUGAGACAGGCUGUAUUAUCCGCGUUUUAUCUGAGGGGAACUGACGGCGGAGAGAGAAUUAUCCUGCUCACGGCGGCACAGCAGAGCCCACAGGUGGCAGAAUCCCGCCCGAGCCCGCUUCCACCUGCGGCGUGGAGACCACGGGCGCCCGCCCGGCUGCGGAGCUGAACUGAGAAGCGAGUCCUCUCCGCCCCGCCCCGGCCCUCGCCCCGGCCCGAUCCGCACUCGCCGCCAGCCCCCCGCACCCACCCCGGAGUUGGCGGCGCGGAGGCGGGAGGGCGGGCGCUGGCACCGGGAACGCCCGAGCGCCGCGGAGAGCGCGACACGUGCGGCCCAGAGCACCAGAGCCACCCGGUCCCCGCAGGCAGGCGACACGCGUCUUCCAAUAUGAUCCCAAACGGCUUCUCUUCGUCACAGUCCUAACGCCCUGGGCACAGAUGUUCACUUGGAGGCACUGGGCUGUGGUUUGGCUGGAUGCGGGGAGGGAGCGCGCGGACUGAGCCUCCAAGGAGUCUAUUACGUCAAAUGGGAUAUAUCUAAAAUGGAAAUAAAGACAAACAGAAUUGACAGAAACAACAUUCCAGAAAAAAUAGAAAAAGAAGAGAGAAAAGAAUAAAGGAAGUUAAGGAAAAAAAAAAAAAAAGCCAUAAAGAGGGAAAGGAGAAAACACAUUGAAUUAAAAAAAAAAAAAAGGAACAAAAAUUCGGAAGUCUCCUGAAUUUGAGCAAGAAAAGAAAGUUCCUGUACUUGGAUGAAAUUAAAGAGGAACCAUAGGACUACAAAUGCUUACCAAUGAAAUUAGAGAAAAUCCCAGGCAACCUCAUCAGCUGCACAAAAAGGAAAACAGGCCACGGUGAUCCAUUUGUAAAGUCGGGAAUAAAUGACCUCUGAAGUGUUGUCUGUAUAUUGAUCUGCUACCAGUAGAACGUAUCUCUAAUACAAAAUUCUAUACCAGAGUUGAUUGUUGAUGGCACAUACUUUUAGAGGAUGCUCAUUGGCACUUAUUUUUAUAAUCACGUGGCUGUUGAUUAAAGCAAAAAUAGAUGCGUGCAAGAGAGGCGAUGUGACUGUGAAGCCUUCCCGUGUAAUUUUACUUGGAUCCACUGUCAAUAUUUCAUGCUCUUUGAAGCCCAGACAAGGCUGCUUGCACUAUUCCAGACGUAACAAGUUAAUCCUGUACAAGUUUGACAGAAGAAUCAAUUUUCACCAUGGCCACUCCCUCAAUUCUCAAGUCACAAGUCUUCCCCUUGGUACAACCUUGUUUGUCUGCAAACUGGCCUGUAUCAAUAGUGAUGAAAUUCAAAUAUGUGGAGCAGAGAUCUUCGUUGGUGUUGCUCCAGAACAGCCUCAAAAUUUAUCCUGCAUACAGAAGGGAGAACAAGGGACUGUGGCCUGCACCUGGGAAAGAGGGCGAGACACCCACCUAUACACUGAGUAUACUCUACAGCUAAGUGGACCAAAAAAUUUAACCUGGCAGAAGCAAUGUAAAGAUACUUAUUGUGACUAUUUGGACUUUGGAAUCAACCUCACCCCUGAAUCACCUGAAUCUAAUUUCACAGCCAAGGUUACUGCUGUCAAUAGUCUUGGAAGCUCCUCUUCAUUUCCAUCCACAUUCACAUUCUUGGACAUAGUGAGGCCUCUUCCACCGUGGGACAUUAGAAUCAAAUUUCAAAAGGCUUCCGUGAGCAGAUGUACCCUUUAUUGGAGAGAUGAGGGACUGGUACUGCUUAAUCGACUCAGAUAUCGGCCCAGUAACAGCAGGCUCUGGAAUAUGGUUAAUGUUACAAAGGCCAAAGGAAGACAUGAUUUGCUGGAUCUGAAACCAUUUACAGAAUAUGAAUUUCAGAUUUCCUCUAAGCUACAUCUUUAUAAGGGAAGUUGGAGUAAUUGGAGCGAAUCAUUGAGAGCACAAACACCAGAAGAAGAGCCUACUGGGAUGUUAGAUGUCUGGUACAUGAAACGGCACAUUGACUACAGUAGACAACAGAUUUCUCUUUUCUGGAAGCAUCUGAGUGUCUCGGAGGCAAGAGGAAAAAUUCUCCACUAUCAGGUGACCUUGCAGGAGCUGACAGGAGGGAAAGCCAUGACACAGAACAUCACAGGACACACCUCCUGGACCACAGUCAUUCCUAGAACCGGAAAUUGGGCUGUGGCUGUGUCUGCAGCAAAUUCAAAAGGCACUUCUCUGCCCACUCGCGUUAACAUAAUGAACCUGUGUGAGGCAGGGUUGCUGGCUCCUCGCCAGGUCUCUGCAAACUCGGAGGGCAUGGACAACAUUCUGGUGACUUGGCAGCCUCCCAGCAAAGAUCCCUUUGCAGUUCAGGAGUACGUGGUGGAAUGGAGAGAGCUCCAUCCAGGGGGUGACACACAGGUCCCUCUGAACUGGCUACGGAGUCCGCCCUACAAUGUGUCUGCUCUGAUUUCAGAGAACAUAAAAUCCUACGUCUGUUAUGAAAUCCGUGUGUAUGCACUCUCAGGGGAUCAAGGAGGAUGCAGCUCCAUCCUGGGUAACUCUAAGCCCAAAGCACCACUGAGUGGCCCCCACAUUAAUGCCAUCACAGAGGAAAAGGGGAGCAUUUUAAUUUCAUGGAACAGCAUUCCAGUUCAGGAGCAAAUGGGCUGCCUCGUCCAUUACAGGAUAUACUGGAAGGAACGGGACUCCAACUCCCAGCCUCAGCUCUGUGAAAUUCCCUAUAGAGUCUCCCAAAAUUCACAUCCAAUAAACAGCCUGCAGCCCCGAGUGACAUAUGUCCUGUGGAUGACAGCUCUGACAGCUGCUGGCGAAAGUUCCCACGGAAAUGAGAGGGAAUUUUGUCUGCAAGGUAAAGCCAACUGGACGGCGUUUGUGGCACCAAGCAUUUGCAUUGCUAUCAUCGUGGUGGGCGUUUUCUCAACGCAUUACUUCCAGCAAAAGGUAUUUGUUCUCCUAGCGGCCCUCAGACCUCAGUGGUGUAGCAGAGAAAUUCCAGAUCCAGCAAAUAGCACUUGUGCUAAGAAAUAUCCCAUUGCGGAGCAGAGACGGGGUUUCACCGUGUUAGCCAGGAUGGUCUCCAUCUCCCGACCUUGUGAUCCGCUCGCCUCGGCCUCCCAAAGUGCUGGGAUUAUAGGCGUGAGCCACCGUGCCCGGCAUGAGGAGAAGACACAGCUGCCCUUGGACAGGCUCCUGAUAGACUGGCCCAUGCCUGAAGAUCCUGAACCGCUGGUCAUCAGUGAAGUCCUUCAUCAAGUGACCCCAGUUUUCAGACAUCCCCACUGCUCCAACUGGCCACAAAGGGAAAAAGGAAUCCAAGGUGAUCAGGCCUCUGAGAAACACAUGAUGCACAGUGCCUCAAGCCCACCACCUCCAAGCGCUCUCCCAGUUGAGAGCAGACAACUGGUGGAUCUGUACAAGGUGCUGGAGAGCAAGGACUCUGACCCAAAGCCAGAAAACCCAGCCUGUCCCUGGACGGUGCUCCCAGCGGGUGACCUUCCCACCCAUGAUGGCUACUUACCCUCCAACAUAGAUGACCUCCCCUCACGUGAGGUGCCUCUCGCUGACUCUCUGGAAGAACUGGAGCCUCAGCACAUCUCCCUUUCUGUUUUCCCCUCAAGUUCUCUUCACCCACUCACCUUCUCCUGUGGUGAUAAGCUGACUCUGGAUCAGUUAAAGAUGAGGUGUGACUCCCUCAUGCUCUGAGUGGUGAGGCUUGAAGCCUUAAAGUCAGUGUACCCUCAACCAGCACAGCCUGCCCCAGUUCCCCCAGCCCCUGCUCCAGCAGCUGUCAACUCUGGAUGCCGCCAUCGGUCUGGCUGCAGCUAGAGGACAGGCAAGCCAGCUCUGGGGAAGUCUUAGGAACUGGGAGUUGGUCUUCACCCAGAUGCCUCAUCUUGCCUUUCCCAGGGCCUUAAAAUUACAUCCUUCACUGUGUGGACCUAGAGACUCCAACUUGAAUUCCUAGUAACCUUCUUGGUAUGCUGGCCAGAAAGGGAAAUGAGGAGGAGAGUAGAAACCACAGCUCUUAGUAGUUAACGGCAUGCAGUCUAGAGGACCAUUCAUGCAAUGACUAUUUCUAAAGCACCUGCUACACAGCAGGCUGUACAUAGAUCAGUACUGUUCAACAGAACUUCCUGAGAUGAUGGAAAUGUUCUACCUCUGCACUCACUGUCCAGUACAUUAGACACUAGGCACAUUGGCUAUUAAUCACUUGGAAUGUGUUUAGCUUGACGGAGGAAUUAAAUUUUGAUUGUAAAUUUAAAUCGCCACACAUGGCUAGUGGCUACUGUAUUGGAGAGCACAGCUCUAGAUGGCUCCUAGAUUACUGAGAGCCUUCAAAACAAAUCAACCUAGUUCUAUAGAUGAAGACAUAAAAGACACUGGUAAACACCAAUGUAAAAGGGCCCCCAAGGUGGUCAUGACUGGUCUUAUUUGUAGAAGUCUAAGAAUGUACCUUUUUCUGGCUGGGCACAGUGGCUCACGCCUGUAAUCCCAGCACUUUGGGAGGCUGAGGCAGGCGGAUCAUGAGUUCAGGAGAUCGAGACCAUCCUGGCUAACAUGGUGAAACCCCAUCUCUACUAAAAAUAUAAAAAAAAAAAUUAGCUGGGCAUGAUGGCGGGCACCUGUAGUCCCAGCUACUCAGGAGGCUGAGGGAGGAGAAUGACAUGAACCUGGGAGGCGGGGCUUGCAGUGAGCCACUGCACUCCAGCCUGGGCAACAGAGCAAGACUCUGUCUCUAAAAGAAAAAAAAAAAAAAAAGAAUGUACCUUUUUCCUAGAUUUGCUGGUUUAUUGUUUUAUUUUGGCUUCAUCCUCUUUCAGCAAAUCAAGGGCAGCUGGAUGGUGAAGACCUAUGGUAAACUCACCAUAGUACCAUAGUACCUUGGGCAACCCAGCCUCCUCCUCUGAAUCUCGGGUGUCUUGUAAAGGGCUGGACCAAAGGCUCUCUGACCCCUUGUUUCCUCUCCUUUUUGCUGCAGCAGGCCCUGCCUUCAGGACCAGGGCUGUCUCAGGGUCUAAGACCCCAGCCUCUGAGGUUGUCCUCAGAAGUUGUCUGUCCCCUGUUCCCAAAAGCACAGCUUCAUUCCCCGAGAAGAUAUGGAGCUGGUCCUCUGCCAGCUCAAGUUGAGCCUGGAAGACAACUCUCUUUUCCACAGCAUGGACUUGGAACAUGAUCCAUGUUUUGCUCUUUAAAGCUGUGGUCCCUGGCUUGCCACCCUCCCUGGCCCAUUGCUGCCUCUGUCUCUUCACCAUAGGCACUUCUGCCAAACUAGUGGAGAAAAGCCUUGGUCUAAACUGCUAACAGUGCUCUUCCCUAAAGAACAGGAUAAAAGAUCCAAAAAACUUUUUCUUAAAUUCCUGUCAAGCCUAGGGUCCACCCCCUACCCCUUCCCACAUGAACACUGGAACUGAGAUGGCUUCCCCAUCAUCCUCUGGAUUUUCAUUUAACAAAGUACUUGUUGCAAAUGUGUACUUCUUCCCUAAUGUGCGGAACUAGAAACUUGUCCAUACAUACCCCAGUCCUGUAGAAAUAACUGUUCUCGGGCUUUAGGUUUUCCAGGUUUCCCUCAGAGCUCUAGAAACUGAGCGAUGGACAGUUGCUCCACUUCUUCAGGUUGGAACUCUUGAUACAUCCUCGUUUCCCGAAAUUCCAAACUUAACACCUAUCAUUUUCUCAGGCUUUUUUUUAAAAGUUCCUUCCUUUCUAUUUCUAUUCCACUCUAUUUAGCUAUUACUGUGCGGCACCCCCAAUGGUUCCUCUCCUCUCAGCAUCGCUGUAGCUUGCCUGUACCCAGGACAUGCCCUUGACUGGCAAAAACUGUGACAGACAAGGCCACCUCCUCAGAAGCGGAACAACCUAUUAUCUUUUGGCAAUGGGAGCUAACUUCACUGUUUUCUUAUAAUACCUGGUUUUUCUAUCUUUGGUUUCCUUUUGAUUACCUCUCAUCCAUCUCAGCCACUCUUCUCCUCCCCUCCCUUGUGUCUACAACACCCCAUUUUACCAAGUCUCCCAUUUAACCUCCCCACCCUUUUCUUUCCCUUAAAGUCUCAUAUGAUACUGCAGUCCUCAUUUGUCUUCCCAAAAAAAAAAUUUUUUUUUUUUUUUUUUUUUUUUAAGGAAUCCUUCCUUGACUCCUAAAGACUCCUAAGAUGCUGAGGCCCCCUCAGCAUGAUUUCCAUGUACUUACUUUCUCUGCUGGACUGCAGACAACUUGAAAGCAGGAACUUUGGCAGUGUUUCCCCAGCACCAGCAUCAUGCCUGGUCCAUAGUAGCUACCAAUAAAAAAGUAAGCAUCAUGAACCCAAA